GUCAUACGAUAUAAAAGUGAAAUAAUUACAAUAAUACAUAAAUUAAAUACUUCUUAAAUAAAUUAAAAUUUCACUCCAGACAUGGCUGAUCCUAAGUAUAAAAAUCUUCCGGGCAUAGCUUACGAUCAACCUGAUGUUUAUGAAACCGGUGAUCUGCCGGAAGCUGAUCAGCCAGACCCUAUUGAAAAGGAAGAAAAUGAAUGUAUUGAGGAAUUACAUCUGUCUGUAAAAGAUUCUUUCAACAAGUUCAAAGGCAAAUUUUUAGCUGGCACUGUUGACUUUUCUGAUAGACUCAGUAGAAAAUCUAGAAUUGGGUACAGAGCUGGUGAAUGGGGUUUAGCCGCUGAGGGUGAGCCUGAGACUGCAAUUGAACGCUAUAACAGACUCCGUUGUGAAUUCUCUGAGUUACUGGAACAAGUUGCUGAACAACAAAACAAAGCUACGGAGAGUGAAAAGGAUGAAUAUUCUAAACUGGCGGUGCAAAUUAACUCAACAAAGAAACUACUGGAGGAGUUAAAGUUGGAGGAAGGAGAACAAAUUGAUCCUAAAGCUGAGAAAUUAAAGGAGUACCUCUCAAGUACUGGCAAGAGGAAGCAAGGGGAAGUGGUCACCUCUCACUUGAAACUCAAACCGGAAGUCAACCUGGCUUAUACCACAAGAGUAGCACAGCUGGAACACAGGUUACACAAACUGGAACAAGCAGCUGGAGUGAGAGAUGAAGAGGCGUUCAGAAGGCUGCAGGCGGCUACUGGACAGGCAACGUUAUGUGGUGCCGCGGCAUCUCUCGCGGCGCAGACCUCUCUGCUCCGCCCCGGCGAGCUGGCCGCGGCUGAGGCCAGGGUCACCUCCCUGCUGUCCAACGUCGAAGCACUGAAGACGGCGGUCAAACCCGCUGACCCCGAGCUUGAUGCUAAGGUGAAUGAACUGUACAAACUGUUGAAACAAAUCGACGGUAUAUCACAUUCCGAGAUAUUGGAGCGCAUGGAGGCACUCGAAGCACUGCAUAACCAAGCGAGCAACUUCGGUAAAUCUCUAACUGAGCUAGAGACCCUUCAGACUACAAUAGCCAGUGGUGUGCAGAACAACAAGGAGCUGUUGCAAGGUGUCCAAGGAGUUUUCGCACAUAACCUUGACAGUCUUCGUAAAGAGAUUAAAAAGUUAGACGAUAGGAUUGGAAAACUGGUGGCGGCGUGAUAAACUAACAUAAUUAUGAUGUUUUAAAAUCGAUUGUUUAGCGCAAAUUAUUUGUUUAAACUAAUUAUAUAUACUAUAGUUAGUAAUAUUUUUCAUCAGAUAUUACAAGCCUGCUUUCGAGUUGUAAGUGCGUAAAUUUUUAUACGAAUUGCCAUUUAAAUUGAAUAAUCUUUAUUUUAACCAUAGUAAGUAGUUUAGUAAGAGAAUAUAAAUGCUUUCAUUUGAACCAGUUAUAUUUAACUAAUAAAAAAGAUAUUUACCUCUCUUUUGACUUAUCAUUUGAAACAAAAAUCCUCAGUUUUAACAAUUUACUCAUUAGAUAUUAUGUUAAACAAUCGAUUUUAAAACUCAUGUAGCUUAAAAGUUUUAAUAAGACACCAUCAAUGCUCUCGAAUUAUUCAAUGGAAAAUAAUUAUGCAAUUAAAUUGAGAUUUUAUGUUAUAUUCCUACAGUUAUUUGCUUAUUAAAAUACAACUGUUACCGUUAAAAUAGAAUUUUGAUUGUAAGUUGAGAUUGUUGGAGACCUAACUCCUAAUUAAUGCUUUUACAAUAUAAGGCUGCACGUAAUUAUCAGGUGCUUGAUUAUUUACCAUACUAAUUAAAAAAAACAGUGAUUAUUGUGCCUGUGUACUGUACCCUGUUUGUAAAGUACUAUUGUACCAAUGUCAUUUAGUUUGAACUAGAGUCGAAUUUACCUUAGUUGUAUCAAAAUCUGUUUAAGUACCCACACAAUUCAAUUUUGCACGUCAUUUGAUUUCAUUAUAAUUCGUCUUCUGAGUUAGCAAAGUAAUCUUAAUUCUAACAGCAUAUUAUUUUGCAGUUACUGAUGAGCCAGUUAUUAUUUCGACAUUGUCACUUUUUUACACAUUAAGUAUUCCAAUGUUACAUUUAUUUUAAACUCGUGUAUCGUACUUUAUAAGAAUACUGCUUAAGAGAUAUAAUUUAUUAAAUAAAUCGAUUAUGUAGCUAA